AUGAUCCAAUCAAGCUCUACCAUUUCAUUAAGCUCCUUGAACGGGAAUCACGGUUGGGUGAUCCAGAAGUUUGGUGGUACCAGUGUUGGGAAAUUCCCUGAGAAAAUUGUAGAUGAUGUUGUUUCAUUGUACAACAGCUCUAACAAGAUUGCUGUUGUUUGUUCAGCCAGAUCAUCGAAUACCAAAUCUGAAGGUACCACUUCGAGGUUGAUCUUAUCGGCAGACAGGGCUCUCGAAGGUGGUAAUUAUAAAGAAAUCAUCGACUUAGUAAAGGAAGAUCAUGUGAAUAAUGCUACCCUCAGGAUCAAGGACCCAGAAAUCAAAGCCCAGUUAAUCAAAGAGACUUUAGAAAUUUGCGAUCAAACUGCCACUUUAUUGCACGCUGCCACCGUUGUGGAGGAAAUCUCUUACAAGACCUUAGAUACCAUUAUUUCAGCCGGUGAAAGAUUAAGUUGUUUGUUUGUGGCUGCUUUGAUGAAUGAUAGAGGAAUACCUGCCAAGUUCAUUGAUUUGUCAUUCAUUAUUGCACCAGUGAAGGCCUCUGCCAUGGACGCUGCGUCUGGUUCCAGUGCGAAGGCUAGCUUGGAUCAAGAAUUCUAUGACUCCUUAGCUGGAAGCCUUGCUGAAGCUGUAAAUAAAGAAAUUCCUGAAGACUCCAAUGUUGUUCCAGUGUUGACUGGUUAUUUCGGAGUGGUGCCUGGUGGGUUAUUGAAUAAUAUCGGGAGAGGUUAUACAGAUUUGUGUGCCGCGUUGGUUGCCGUUGGUUUGGAUGCUGACGAGCUACAAAUCUGGAAAGAAGUGGACGGUAUUUUCACUGCAGAUCCUCGUAAAGUGACAAAUGCUAGACUUUUGCCUACCGUCACUCCUGAUGAAGCUGCUGAAUUGACAUACUAUGGUAGUGAAGUCAUCCAUCCAUUCACCAUGGAACAAGUCAUUAGAGCAAAGAUUCCAAUCAUCAUCAAAAACGUGGAAAAUCCUUUGGGUAAGGGUACCAUCAUUUACCCAGACAAUAUCGGCAGAAAGGGCGAGGCUACCCCACCACAUCCUCCAUUGGCUUCUGCUUUGCUCAGUGCAAGCAUGUUAAACAAAAAGAAGGCACCAACUGCAGUCACCGUAAAACAUGAUAUUGUGGUUAUUAAUGUCCAUUCCAACAAAAAAACAUUAUCACAUGGUUUCUUAGCUAAGAUCUUUGCGAUUUUGGAUAAGUAUAGGCUUGUGGUUGAUUUGAUUUCUACUUCGGAAGUUCACGUCUCUAUGGCCCUAUAUAAUUGUGAAGACGGGUUCCACCCAGACCUUAGGAGAGCCAUGAAGGAGUUGAGCUCAAUGGGGACUGUUGAUUUGGUCAAGAACUUUGCUAUUGUUUCUUUGGUUGGGAAAGAAAUGAGACACUUAAUUGGCAUUGCUGGUGCCAUGUUUGAAUGUUUGGCGAAGGAAAAAAUCAAUAUUGAAAUGAUCAGUCAAGGUGCCAAUGAAAUCAACAUCAGUUGUGUGGUGAACGAAAGUGAUAGUUUGAAGGCCUUACAAGCCAUCCAUAGAGACUUAUUAGAUGAAGUUGAAGUCCAUUCUCGAGUUGCACAAUUGAAAUUGGAAAAUUGA